AUGGAAGAGAACGAGGUGGAGUGGCGGCAAUUACGGCCCGACUUGCCAACAAUACAUGGCCAGAACGAUGGCGAGGGCGAAGGUCAUUCGGAGUCUGAGUCUCUGACGGAAAGCGAGAUCUUCCGGCACUUUGCCUUCGAGAACGAUGAAAAUGACGAAGGGGGCAGCGCUUGGUCCAACGUGAAGCCCAAGCACAAGGCGUUGGACGGGUGCUUGCCAUUCUGUUUCGAGGCAAGUCGGAACAUUUUCCCCGACUACGAUGGCGUGUUCCGCCAUUAUUGCCGUGCGGAGGCCGUGUGGCAAUGCCGCCGCAAGACUUGCACACGAAACCCCACAGCCGGCGCUGCCACAGCGCAUUCGCGCAACAAGAAAGAUCAAGACGAGGAUGCGGGCGACAAUGAGCCGCGCACGUCGUGGCGCAGUGCUUGCUGCUGGUACCACGAGCAUCUCAAGCACAAGGAGACACAGGGGUUGCGCAAGGGCUUCGAGCGGUAG